GGAAAAGCCGAGUUAUUAUCUGCCUCUCAGACACGAUGCCUGUUUUUCUUCUCCCCUGCGACCCCCCACUGUCCGGGUGAAGGGCUCUACGGAGGUCAAUUCGCUCAGGCGAAUGCUCUGGCCAUCCUGCUCGUGCCUCGGAACCUGCUAGGUCCCCGGGGGCCUGGGAGUGUCAUUGGGGUGACCGCAGUCUUAGCCGCUGCAGCUGCCACAGUAACCAUGGUCUCCGGCAGCAGCGGCCUUGCCGCUGCCCGCUUUCUGUCACGCACCUUCCUCCUGCAACAGAAUGGAAUUCGGCAUUGUUCCUACACAGCUUCUCGGACACAUCUCUAUGUUGACAAAAAUACAAAGGUUAUUUGCCAGGGUUUUACUGGUAAGCAGGGCACCUUUCAUAGCCAGCAGGCAUUGGAUUAUGGCACCAAACUUGUUGGAGGAACCACUCCAGGGAAAGGAGGCAAGAUGCAUCUGGGCUUACCAGUCUUUAAUACCGUGAAAGAGGCAAAAGAGCAGACAGGAGCGACAGCUUCUAUGAUUUAUGUCCCUCCUCCUUUUGCUGCUGCCGCCAUCAAUGAAGCUAUUGAGGCAGAAAUUCCCUUGGUUGUGUGCAUUACUGAAGGUAUUCCCCAGCAGGACAUGGUACGGGUCAAGCACAAAUUGACACGCCAGGGAAAGACGAGGCUAAUUGGGCCAAACUGCCCUGGAGUCAUCAAUCCUGGAGAAUGCAAAAUUGGCAUCAUGCCUGGCCAUAUUCACAAGAAAGGAAGAAUUGGUAUUGUGUCCAGAUCUGGUACCCUGACUUAUGAAGCAGUUCACCAAACGACCCAAGUUGGAUUGGGGCAGUCUUUGUGUGUUGGCAUUGGAGGUGAUCCAUUUAAUGGAACAAAUUUUAUUGACUGCCUUGAAAUCUUUUUGAAUGAUUCAGCCACAGAAGGCAUCAUACUGAUUGGUGAAAUUGGUGGUGGAGCAGAAGAAAAUGCUGCGGAGUAUCUGAAGCAACAUAAUUCUGGUCCAAAUGCCAAGCCUGUAGUAUCCUUCAUUGCUGGUUUAACUGCACCUCCUGGCAGAAGAAUGGGACAUGCAGGUGCUAUUAUUGCUGGAGGAAAAGGUGGAGCUAAAGAGAAGAUUGCUGCCCUUCAGAGUGCGGGAGUUGUGGUCAGCAUGUCUCCAGCACAGCUGGGAACCACCAUGUACAAGGAAUUUGAAAAGAGGAAGAUGUUAUGAAA